CCACCAGACCCCAUUCUUUACCCUUAUGACAAGACUGGCCAUGGUUUCUACAAUGAUGCAACAGGAAGGCUUCUAUGUCCUGUGGAUCACGACUGGAACAACUCUGAUGUUCGACGAUAUAUUAGGGACUACCACCCUGAUUAUAGGGUGACGGCUUACUCUUGGCCAACAUUCUUGUAUGAUGGACGUUACGAUGCUAGGAAUCCUAGAGAUGGCCUGUUUAAAGGGAAGUUGCUAUUAAAGACAUUUAAAGCCAUAUUUACAUCUCCCACCUCUGCAGAGCUUGAUGACCCAGAGCAGACUGGUUCUGAUGAGUGGCGCACAUGCUGUGAUGUUGCAGGGCUACUCAACAUGAAAUCCACUCAACCGCGGGCAAUUGCAUAUGCCGCUGUCCAGCUUUGCAUUGCUUUGUCCAGUGCUAGCUCAUGGCGGAUCAUGGAUGAUGAUUUCAACAGCGAAGUUUUCUAUAACCAUAUUGUUGAUUUCUUUGAGCUUCCCCCAACACAAGAUGCAGCAAAUGAAGUAGAUGAUAUUUUACUAUGGUGGAAC